UUUAUCGUACGGAGACGAAGUCGCUUAGUUGAGAUCGGCGGCGAUGGAAGCGAAGCACGGGGAAAUGCUUCGCGGUGAUUGUCGCUUUCUGGGAAUCGAUUCUCAUUUCAUUCGAUUCUCUCGCUUCGCUCUCUUCCCAUCGAAGCCGCCUCUUCUCCUUCUCCUUCUCCGCCUCCUCUCCUUUUAAUCCUCAUGCAUUCCGUCAAUCUGUAGCGAUCGAUUCGAGUACAUUGGAGUACUUCGGUUUCCUGUUCGACGGCCGGCGAUGCGCGGAUUAGAGCUCUGGUUCGAGGACUUGAUCGCAUCGCAACCGCGUGAUUUCCGGUUCUACAACGGUUCCGAUUCGGUUUGCUUCUCAAACGGCGGGUUGUUCCUCGAGCCCGCCGUUCCUGCGUCGUUCGUGUCAUUUGUGUCGACGAAGAGCUGGUCGAAUUCCUUGUCGUGUCGCCGGCAGCGGCGGAAGGGACGCGCCGGCGCGUUUUUGUCGGUGAGCUUGUCGAUCAAGGGAAGCCGGGAAGGGUUUGGCCAGGAGUCGAGUGAAAUUUUGGGGCAAAAUGGAGAGAAGAGUUCGGAGGAGGAGGUAGUGGCGUUUGAAGAAGAGAAAAGAGAAGAGGAGGGUUGGUUGCGAGGAGGAGGAGGAGGUGCAUUGAAUACUACGAAGCACCUCUGGGCUGGAGCUGUCGCAGCUAUGGUUUCGAGAACAUUUGUCGCUCCUCUUGAGAGACUAAAGCUGGAAUAUAUAGUUCGUGGUGAACAGAAAAAUCUUUUUGAGCUCAUCAAGGCAAUUGCAGCUUCUCAAGGUCUGAAAGGCUUUUGGAAAGGAAAUUUUGUCAAUAUUCUCCGGACGGCUCCUUUCAAGGCUAUCAACUUCUAUGCCUAUGAUGUGUAUAAGAAUCAACUUCUCAGGAUUUCUGGGAACGAAGAAACAACCAAUUUUGAAAGAUUCCUUGCUGGUGCUGCAGCCGGAAUUACUGCUACUGUGCUUUGCAUACCUAUGGACACUAUCAGGACUAAGAUGGUAGCACCUGGGGGAGAAGCUUUGGGUGGUGUAAUUGGUGCUUUUCGCCACAUGAUCCAUACUGAAGGAUUUUUCUCUCUUUACAAGGGUUUAGUGCCAUCAAUUAUAAGCAUGGCACCUUCAGGUGCAGUUUUCUAUGGUGUUUAUGAUAUAUUGAAGUCAGCUUAUCUUCAUUCACCCGAGGGGAGGAAGAGAAUUCAACAUAUGAAAGAACAAGGAGACGAAGCCAAUGCAUUGGAUCAACUGGAGUUGGGUCCUAUUAGAACGUUGGUGUAUGGGGCUAUUGCUGGUGCUUGUUCAGAGGCGGCUACUUACCCAUUUGAAGUUGUCAGGAGACAGCUUCAAAUGCAAGUCCGGGAAACGAAAAUGAGUGCAAUGGCGACAUGUGUCAAGCUAGUGGAGCAAGGUGGUAUUCCUGCUCUCUAUGCAGGACUAAUUCCCAGCUUAUUACAGGUUUUACCAUCAGCUGCCAUAAGCUACUUGGUGUAUGAAUCAAUGAAAAUAGUUCUCAAAGUGGAGUCACCAUAAUUCCAGUAGUUCAACAGGGACCUGGUCUUGCAGAAGGUAAUGCCCUUCGAAGGGGUUGCAUUCUUCCCCCUUGGAGACUCCUUUACCUUUUCUUGUGCCCUUUUUUUAACUCUUCCAAUUAUAGAUUACCUGCCCUUUUGGUUAGGCAAGUGUAGAGCAAACUCAUCCAUCCAACUUCUCUCAAAGAUCCCAAGUAGUUUUCCUUGGAACUGAGAUAUAAAUGGUUUUUCCAUUUCAAGUUCAACAUUUAGCAAAGAAUAUGAGAUGAUGGCCUGAACUGGGUCAUCUGCGAUUUAGUUAGUGGCUGUAAACAACUUUGAGUUUAAUGCUUAUUUCUCCAGUCGAUAUAUCCAAUUGAGUGUGAUGAUUUGUGACUGCAUAA